GGUUCAACAAAAAAGCUAUAUCACAAAACCAGUAGUUUAGUUAAAAAAAAAAAACAAAAAAAUGAAUUAAAUAAAUAAAAGAAAACUCUUCGUGUUGAAGAGAGUUCCCUAUCUCCUCCGAUCCAUUGCCCACCAUCUCCCCCCAUCACAUCUUCUCCCUUCCCCCUCUCUCUCUCUCAUCACAUUACUUUUCUUUUUAAAAAAACUUCUCUAUGAGGAGAGGUAGAGUCUCCACCCCGGUCGCCGGACCCACCGUCAUCGCCAAUCACAACGCAUCCAUCAAGGAGACGCGCUUCAGAGGCGUGAGGAAGCGACCAUGGGGUCGUUACGCAGCAGAGAUCCGCGAUCCCUACAAGAAAGCUCGCGUCUGGCUCGGUACUUUCGAUUCCGCCGUAGACGCCGCACGCGCUUACGACGCCGCCGCUCGUAACCUCCGCGGUCCCAAGGCCAAAACCAAUUUCCCCAUCGACUCUCCUCCCCAGCAACAGAAUCUCAACCAGAUCGAUCCGUUUAUGGAUCAUCGGUUAUACGCCGGAGCUUCCUCCCGUCCGACCAGCAGCAGCAUGAGCAGCACCGUCGAAUCCUCCAGCGGACAGAGAAGCUCCGUCGCGAAACCGGUGUCUACGACGGCGGCGAAGAGGUAUCCCAGGACUCCGCCUGUGGUUCCGGAGGAUUGUCACAGCGAUUGCGGUUCGUCUUCGUCUGUUAUCGAUGACGGAGACGACGACAUCGCGUCGUCAACACGCUGUCGGAAUCCGCCGUUUAGAUUCGAUCUUAAUUUUCCACCGUUGGAUGAUGUUAACGGUGUAGAUGGUUAUGAUGAUCUUCUCUGCACCGAUCUACGUCUCUAAUCCACAGAUCCGUGAUUGACUCAAUCGAAAACAAAAAUAAUUUUUUUUUAUAAAGUUUCUGUUUCGUUGAUCUCAUAAGCUUGUUAGCUGGUUCUGUUUCUUGUCUGAUGAUGAAUCAUAUUGUAAGAGUAUUGAUGUAUGAUUAUAUUAUUACAAAUCCACAAGUUAAAGUGAACGAUGAUCUGUGUUUGUUUGUGUUCUGUUCUGUGAGAAAAAAAAGCAGAUCUUGUUUUUUUUUUCUUCAUAUAAUUUGUUUCUUAAGAAAGAUCGACAACACCUCUUUGUAACAUAUAGUAACUGAUGAUUCUAAAUAAU